AUGCCUUCUUCAACGCCCAAAAAGCGUUCAAAAUCGGAGCACAAUUCGUCUUCUCCAUCAUCUGCUUCAAAGUCUUCAUUAAGCGCUAUAAUCGAGCCACCCCAGAGCUUAUUCCCUUCGAAAGGAGAGUUCUUGCGGCUCAUAGCCGUACUCGCCAUCGCAUCCGCAGUAGCUCUCUCCUGUGACUUCUUUGCCACCUCAAAAACCUUUUGCGAUACUAACGUAGACCCCGCCGAUUCUCUCUCUGAUUCUUGCGAGCCUUGUCCAAGUAAUGGGGAAUGUUAUGAAGGCGAGGUGGAAUGUAUUUAUGGCUAUAGAAGACAUGGAAAGCUGUGUAUAGAAGAUCGAGAUAUCAACGAAACAGCUAACAAACUUUCCGAAUGGGUAGAAGCUGGCCUUUGUGAAGCUUAUGCUCAAGUUAUUUGCUAUGGGACUGGGACAGUUUGGGUUCGAGAAAAUGAUAUGUGGAACGAUUUAGAUGAACACAAGUUGAUGCAAAUUGUUGUCUCAGACCAUACAACUUAUGCGUAUACAAAAAGAAGGGCAAUGGAGACAAUAGCUAAAUUAUUAGAGACAAGAACAAAUCUCCAUGGAUUACUGGAAUUCAAGUGUCCGGAUGCUCUAGCUUAUUAUUGUGCCUGUUUGUGCAGCGGUAAUCCCUUCUGA